CAUCAUUCUAAGUAGUUAGUUAUGGACCUAUGUAAUGAAAUUCUAUCAUUUCUGUUAAAAAUAAAAAAUAAAAAAUAAAAAAAUAAAAACCCGAGAGGGGCGAACUGCGAAGUGAGUGCCAAGCGCGACCCGGGUUGCACCUUUGAAUCUCUCGACCCACCCCGAUCAGACCUCCCUACUCCUGCCUCUCCUUCUCUCUCGCUCUCCUCCGCCAAUCUUCGCUGCCUCCCUCCCGAUCUACCCUCGGUUUCAAAGGUUUCAAAUACCUUCUUUGAAUCAAGAGCCUCUUCCUCUUCCUUCUUUUUCGUUUUCCGAAAUAGUCCUCUGAAAUGGCAGCAAUUUACAGCCUCUACAUCAUUAACAAAUCAGGCGGCUUGAUCUUCUACAAGGACUAUGGGUCGGCGGGACGAAUGGACACGAAUGAUAGCUUGAGGGUUGCAAGCUUGUGGCACUCAAUGCACGCCAUUUCUCAGCAGCUGUCGCCAGUAUCAGGCUGUUUCGGCAUCGAGCUCCUCCAAGCUGACACUUUCGAUCUUCAUUGCUUUCAAUCACUCACCGGGACAAAGUUCUUUGUAGUGUGUGAGCCUGGGACACAGCACAUGGAAGGUCUCUUGAAACAUAUCUAUGAAUUGUACACCGAUUACGUCUUGAAGAACCCCUUUUAUGAGAUGGAGAUGCCAAUACGAUGCGAGCUCUUCGAAAUCAACCUAACGCAGGCAAUACAGAAGGAUCGUGUUGCCUUGUUGGCCAGAUGAUCAAUUUUCUUCCAUUCAUACAUACGUGAUACUUUCUGUUUGAUUUGAGCUGAGCUGGAGUUAAUCGUUCAUUCCCCAAUCAUUAUUAACCUUAAAGAGUAUGAUGUAUACCUAAUACGUGUGAUAAUUUGAGAAGAUUUACACUUAUA